CCUGCCCCACCCACGAGAAUGUGCAUGCUUCUAAAAACUGAGAGCCCGAGCAGUCAGUCAGAGUCAGUCAACAGGGGGUAAGUAGUCCCGAAGCGAGGGUGGGAUGGAAGAUGCAACCCCCCCUUCCCCCCAUCAAGUGACGUCCUUGAUACCCCAAUGAUCGAGGUCACGGCAGCUGACUCAUCGGCCGCGCUGACUGAUUGGCGCCAUGCCCGAUCGGGAAAGAGCCGAGGCACGUCCAGGCGUUGUAGGGCUUGCGAUGCAAAGUGCCAAGUGCCUACCCAAUUUCAAUUAUUUGCGACUUGCGCUGGCGCGGUCCCCUUCUCUUCUCUCCCUCUCCCUCCCUCUCGAUGAUCUAGAUAGCGUGCUGGUUCCGAUCCCAUCGCACGUGGCGACCACAGUGUCUGUCUUAUGUCAUUUGUCCUGUUGACAUCCUCCGCUCCUUCUGCAUCGCCAUGGGCCUGCUCUCCUCCCUGUCCCCGAGUGGGCGCAUCGCCUACUACCACGCCCAAGAUAACAACCUCCUGCUGGCCAGGAAAUCCGGGAAGCCGGGAGCCACGGAGCAAGUGACAUUGGCGGAAAUCUGUCGCAAGGCGACUCCCGAGAAAUGCCAGCUAAACCCGUUCCUGUUCAACGGCCACCUCCAAACGGCCUGGACGUCCGCGAAAUUCGACAAGGUCCCCGUUUUCUACAAGCGUUGGAUGUUUGAGGCCGACAGCCCCAUGUUUAGCGGGCAUUUUGCCGUCGAUUUCGCCGUCGACCCCUACGAGCCACCCAACGACCCCCACUCGACCGAUAGCGAGAGGAAGUAUACCCAGCCGUCAGGGCUUCCCGAGCGGACGGCUUUCUUUUCGGAGGCCGAAUUCGCGGCGCUUCCCUCGGAUGACACUAGGCCCAUGCUGGUGGCCCUCCAUGGCCUGAGCGGCGGAUCACAUGAACUCUACCUGCGCCAUGUGCUUGCGCCGCUGCUCAAGGAUAAGACCUGGGAGGCCUGUGUCGUCAAUUCCAGAGGCUGUGCCCAAUCCAAGAUCACCACCGGGGUACUUUACAAUGCCCGGGCCACGUGGGACAUCCGCCAGACCGUCAAGUGGCUGCGCAAGACAUUUCCCAAUCGCCCGCUGUUCGGAAUAGGGUUCUCACUCGGCGCAAAUAUCCUGACCAAUUUUCUAGGAGAGGAGGGCGAUGCUUGCCAGAUGACCGCAGCAGUGAUCUGUGCCAGCCCUUGGAAUCUGGAAAUCAGCUCGGUGUGCCUGCAAAGCAGCUGGAUCGGGCUGGGGGUAUACAGCAAAGUGAUGGGUACGAGCAUGAAAGAGCUCUUCGAACGGCACGUCGAGCAGAUCUCCAAGAACCCUCGCAUCGACGUGGAUGAGGUAAGGAAAAUUACGUAUCUGCAUGAAUUCGACCGGGCUCUGCAAUGUGCCGCAUGGGGCUACCCUACCGAGGGUGCAUACUAUCGCGAUGCUACAUCUACCGACUCUUUAAUGGGCAUUAGAAUCCCAAUCUUCGUUAUACAGGCCGAAGACGACCCGAUUGCCUGCUCUAAAGCAUUACCAUUCCAAGAGAUGGGUCAGACCCCGUACGGUAUCAUGAUGACUACAUCUUGGGGCGGACACCUUGGUUGGUUUGAGCUGGGAGGUGAGCGGUGGUUUGCCAAACCGGUGACGAACUUUCUGAAUAUUAUGGCCAAGGAAGUUGAUCUCAGCGUACCUUUCACGGUCGAGGACCCCGAGAAAAUCCCAGGUGGAAUUGCCCACCACUAUGGUCCUGGCAAGGACCUCGAUACGGCCCCGAAGCCGGAAUACAACCCUAUACGACGCAAGCUGGCCUUGCAGGUUCCAACGUCGAACACCUAACCUCGCAUAAACCUAAUUGCU